AUGUUCUUGAACAAGUGGAGACAUUACAUAUUAAAAACUACAUUAAGUGUGUUUGGUGUUGAUGAAGUGAAGUCAGUGUCAGUGAUGGAGGGAGAUUCUGCCACUCUGAACAUCAAUGAUACUGAUAUACAGAAAGAAGAUCAGAUAAUGUGGAGAUUUGGACAUAUUCUCAUCGCUCAUAUCAACAGAAAAAACAAUAAGAGCAUGGUUUAUGAUGAUAAAGCCGGUGGGAGAUUCAGAGACAGACUGAAGCUGGACAAUGAGACUGUAUCUCUGAGCAUCACAAACACCAGAACCACAGACUCAGGAGUUUAUAACAUAACCAGCAAAAGAUCAGAGACACCGCUCAACAUCUUCAAUCUUACUGUCUAUGCUCAUUUGCCUGUUCCUGUCAUCAGCAGAGACUGUGCUUCAUCAUCAUCAUCAUCAUCAUAUUGUUCAUUGCUGUGUUCAGUGGUGAAUGUGAGUCAUGUGACUCUCUCCUGGUACAAAGGAAACAGUUUAAUGUCCAGCAUCAAUGAGUCUGAUCUCAGCAUCAGUCUCUCUCUACCUCUGGAGGUGGAAUAUCAGGAUAAUAACACCUACAGCUGUGUGCUCAACAAUCCCAUCAGCAACCAGACCACACAUCUGGACAUCAGCAGACUCUGUCAGACAUAUACAGAACACGGCCUAACCAUAUUGUACACAGUGUUAAUCUCUGCUGCUGGAUUUCUGUUGAUUGUUGCUGCAGUCAUGAUCUUCUGCACCUGCAGGAAACCUAAAAAAGUAAACCAAGAAGGCAAGUAUGACCUAAUGCUUAUACGUCUGUAA